CUCACCAUAAACAAUCUUCCCCUAAUAAUAUUCAUUUAAGAAAGUAAAUUAAUAAUUUAAUUCUUUUACAAAACAUAAUCAAAGUAAGAAAAAAGAAGACUCAAUUCUUCAUUUAACUAAAUAAAAUUUACAAAAAUGGAAGAUAAUAUUGUUAUUAUUCGUUCUGAAAAGUCUGACUUGGAAAAAAAUUUAGUCGAAUCUGAGUAAGGAACUGUUGUUGCAUCCAAGAGCAGCUUCAACAAAAAAAACCUUGUCUAUGGUUUGAUAGGAUUACUUAUAUUGUCUGGCACUAUUGCAGGCAUUUUUUUAAUUGUCAAUUGUGAACACAAGGUCGACGCUCUCAAAAUUUCAGUUCCUUCUUAAAACAUUGAAGUCAUAUCUGAAGAAACCAAAUAAGAAGUUCUUAAAGCACCCAAAUAAGGUCCUAAAAAUGAAUAAUACGUUCCUACCACUUUUGAUCUUCGUAUGUAAGCUUCUUCUUUGAAUUGUAAUUAUGAUCGUCCUGAUGAAAUGCUCUGUGUUGGAGGAAACUGGAGUAAUGUUGUAGCUUAAACUAUUUCUAACACUAUCUGCGCUUAAAGCGUUACCGCUUCUGAAAAAGCUCUUUCAAGUCAAUAUCUAUUAAAUUGCUCCAAUUUAUCUGACAAAUGCAAUAUUCUCUCAUCUCGUUAAGAUUUUGAAUCACAACUUGCUUUUGUUGCAAAUACUGGUAUUCCUUCUGCUUCUUGUCUAGCUUAUAACGGUCUUUAAUAUUAAAUUAACCCCAAUUCAUGCGAUGCUAAAUGCACAGAUGGUUCAGAUAUUGUUCUUAAACAAUACUAAUUAGUCUCACUUUGGGAUAGUAAUGAUGAUAUGAAUGCUACUAUUUUGAAUGUUAAGAACCAUCUCUACAACUUUGGUCCCGUUGUAGCUCUCGUUAGACACUCUGCUACUGUUGCUAGAUACGCUGGCUCUACUCCCAACGGUAUCUUUGUUAACGAUCCUACUGACUAAACUAAUUUUGGUUACAGAACUUUCAAGAUUGUUGGCUGGAAUCAAGCUCCUGGUGAUACUCCUUUAUAAUAUUGGAUUAUGGCCAACACUUUCUCAAGCAACUGGGGUAUGAAUGGAUACAUUCGCACAACACUCAAUGAGCCUAUCAUUGAAGGAUAUUAUGGUUAUGUUCCUUAAUGA